CUGUGUAUUUUAUUGUGUAUUUUAUUGUGUGUUUUACACGGUAAUCACUACGUGUAUUUUAAUUGUGAAUAUUGUGUAAAGUACUGUUACAAAUUCUGACUGGCGCAUAUUAAUUAACUAAAUUUAAAUUCAGUAAAAUGGCUUCACCACAAAUCGAAUCCGUACAAAUCACGCCAAUACCCAACGAAAUGCUCAGAUUAAUUCCAUUUUUUAAUGGUGACAAAAAACAUCUAAAUUUGUUCCUUAAAAAAUGUGAGUAUGUUAUAUCGAGAUAUAGAGGUGGGGUUGAGCAAGAUUUAUACGUGUACCACGCUAUCACUAGCCGCCUUACAGAAAAUGCAGCAGCACUGUUAUCAGAACAAGAAAAUUUAACAAACUGGUCGGAACUUAAGGAAAUUCUGACACAACAUUUUGGAGACCCGCGUAGUGAGGCAUGCAUUAAUAUUGAAUUAGAAUCAUUAAAAAUCAGAUCGAAUGAAUCAUACACAGACUUUUGCAACCGCGUGCAAUCAACCAGGUCAAUGCUUAUAUCCAAAGUAAACACCAUAGCAGACGAGUCAAUCCGUCACGCCAAAAUCACCAUAUACAACAACACCGCGUUAAACGUGUUUCUCUAUAAUUUACCAGAAAACCUUGUGCGCAUUGUGAGACUAAAGGCACCGUCCACUUUGGAAGCCGCCCUCUCGAUUGUGCUCGAGGAAGUAAACUUUAUGGACCAAUAUAACAUGCGAAGCAAAAUGCAUUCGCAACCCAAACCUAACAAUUCGUUUACGCCAACUCAACAGAAAUUUUCAGGCAAUCAGCCUCAUUUUGUCAGCUCUAAUGCUUUCAAACCGAUAAUUCCUCCACAAUUUAAAUUUGGCCUUCCGCCUAAUCAAGGCUACAAACCCUUCCAGCAAUAUGGAAAUAAACCUUUACAACAAUUCGGCUAUUUCAAGCCUCCGCAUCAACCAGGUUUCAGGCCGCCGCAGCAGUUCGGCUACAGGCCUCCACAGCAGUUCGGAUACAGACCGCCCCAGCAGUUUGGCUAUAGACAUCCUCCUCAGCAAUUCGGUUACAAACCGCCUCAAUUCGGCUAUAAGCCACAGUUCGGUGCUCAGCAAGCCCAACAAGUCCAGCCGCCACGUAUGCAGCUGACCGACGUGUCUAUGCGUACGGCUACAAAACCAAACAACGUAAAUGAAACAAACUUAAAUGAUCUGAACUACGACGAAGCAGAACAGUCGUAUUACGAUCAAUAUUAUUGUGAAUACCCUAUAGACGAAUAUAAUAACAUGUACAGCGAACAGUAUUACCCUGAUUUCGAGGAAACUCCCGAGGAAACCCAGGAAACUGAAUUCCAACAGGAUUUUCACGAAACAGCCUCCAUCAAAGAACCGAACAGAUAAACAUUAAUUGCGAUCCGGAAUUAACAUUACCAUAUAUUUACCUACCGGAACUGGAUGCUCGCAUGAUGAUCGACACUGGCAGCAUGCGUUCGUUCUUCAGUCCGCGUAUUGGCUAUCAGUAUUUCAGUGAAUUCAUAAGAAAUGAACCGUUCCAAGUUGUGAGUACACACUCGUCGAGUAUUCACGAUGAAACUAUGGAAAUCCCCCUUUUACCAACAUUUAACAGUGACAAACACCACAAAUUUUAUUUGUAUGAUGUAGACAAAAGAUACGAUGGUCUUAUUGGAAAUGAUUUGUUAGAACAAUUAGAAGCAUUAAUUGAUUUGAAAAACAGGGUCCUUAGGACUAAAACAACAUGUAUUCCGAUAAUUAAUAACAACCUUAAUUACGUUAUUAAUUUACCUCCACGUUCAGAAAAACGCGUAAAGUUACCUGUUGACCAAUAUUCAGGUGACGCUAUUCUAAAUUACAGAGAAUUUACAGACGGCGUUAGAAUGCCUAGUGCAAUCGUUAACUGUCGCAACGGAUACGCAUCCACGAUUAUUCAAAACACUUUAGACAGACCAAUCAGUUAUAAAAUCACUUGCCCAUUUAAAGUUAAUAAAUUCGAAUUGACUGACAUUCAAGUUAACACGACACAAAACAUGAAUGACAUCGAAAUUGACAAUUUGCUUGAAGAGAAUUUGGUAAAGUUACGAUUAGACCACACAAACGACGAAGAGCGUGAAAAAAUUUACAGCCUUUGUCAUAAAUAUAAAGACAUAUUUUAUUGCGAUCAACUUCCAUUAACAUUCACAAACAAAAUUAAACAUCAGAUAAGGACAAAAAAUGAGGAUCCAAUCCACGUAAAGCCAUACAGACAGGCCCCAGCCCAGCAAGCUGAAAUUACUAAACAAGUAGAAAAAAUGUUAAAAGACAAUGUAAUCCAGGAAUCCCACUCUCCUUGGAGUGCACCAGUUCACCUAGUGCCAAAAAAAAUGGACGCAUCUGGUGAAACAAAAUACAGAAUGGUUAUCGACUACAGACGUUUGAACGACAUAACGAUCGACGACAAAUACCCAUUACCAAACAUUAAUGACUUAUUUGAUAAAUUAGGAAAAAGCGUUUACUUCAGUACGAUUGAUUUAGCUAGCGGAUAUCAUCAGAUUGAGGUAGAAAAAUCCGACAGACAAAAAACUGCCUUCAGCACACAAAACGGUCAUUAUGAGUUUCUCAGAAUGCCCUUUGGACUUAAAACAGCUCCGGCAACAUUCCAAAGAACUAUGGAUAAUAUACUUAGAGGUCUACAAGGACUCCAUUGCAUGGUUUACCUUGAUGACAUAAUUGUGUAUUCCAGCAGCUUAGAUCAACACCUGGAACAUCUAAAAUCAAUUUUCGACAGACUUAGAGCCACAAACCUUAAAAUUCAACUUGAUAAAUCCGAGUUCCUUCGUAAGGAAGUGCUUUACCUAGGACACACCAUCACGAAAAACGGUCUUAAACCUAAUGAUGAUAAAAUUGACGCUGUAUUAAAUUACCCAAUUCCGAAAACGACCACAGAAAUAAAGAGCUUUUUAGGACUUGUAGGAUAUUACAGGCGCUUUAUUAAAGACUUUGCUAAAAUUACAAAACCAUUAACGUCAUGUUUAAAGAAACGAAAUAAAAUCGUAAUAAAUCAGGAAUAUACAGACGCAUUUAACAAAUGUAAGGAAUUACUUACACAUGCCCCAUUAUUACAAUACCCAGACUAUGACAAGCAAUUCAUAUUAACAACAGACGCAUCGAAUGUAGCAUUGGGCGCAGUACUCUCACAAGGACAAGUAGGCAAAGAUAAACCCAUAGCGUAUGCUAGCCGCACACUUAGUGAUACUGAAGCUCGAUACAGUACAAUCGAACGCGAAUUACUUGCUAUUGUAUGGGCUGUAAAACACUUCAGACCUUAUCUCUAUGGUCGUAAAUUUGUCAUUUACACAGAUCACAGACCUUUGGCAUGGCUUAACUCGCUAAAGGAUCCAAACAGCAAAUUAACUCGAUGGCGUUUACGCUUACAGGAUUACGAUUUCGAUAUCGUGUACAAAAACGGGAAACAAAACACAAACGCAGACGCGUUAUCCCGCAUAAAAGUAAAUGCUCUCGAUUCAGAUAAUCAGUCCAUGAAAGUAAAUGUUAGCAAAAAGGAAAAACGUAUUCAAAAACAUGUUGAUAAAGUAGUAAAGAAAAUAGAAAAAUUAUCAUCAGGAAGUACAAUAGUAAUUUCCGACUCUACAUCCUCAGAAGGAAGUAGACAAUUAGGUUCAGAAUAUCCGAUUCCGUCGUCAAAUAAUUCAGACUGUGUCGAUGAACAAUCAAAUAACUCACAAACUAUUCAUUCCGCAAAGGAUACCGAAUCACAAGGCAUCCCAAUCUUAAACGAAGCAAUCGAUAACAAACCUAAUCAAAUAUUAGUCUUUGAACGAUUCGAUAAUGAACUUUCAGUCAAAAACCUUUCGCGCGAUAAACAAAAAGUUCUUGAAGUACAUUUACCUGAUAAUAAUGCAGAAUUAGUAAAACAGUUUUUAAAAGAAUAUAUCAAACCUAAAACAAAGUAUUUCAUUUAUUUUGAAUCAGAUCAACUUAGACGAAUUUUCACAGACGUAAUUAUUAAACUUUUUAAGAAAGAUGUAGUUCAGUUUUACGAGUGUACAGAACGGGUAAAUUACAUAGAAGACGAGGGUGAACAAAAAGCAAUAGUUAUCCAAUACCAUGAAGGAAAAACAUGCCACCGUGGUAUUAAGGAAACAUUGAUUAGAAUUCGUAGAAAUCAUUUUUGGCCUAACAUGCAACAAACAGUUUCCGCAAUCAUUAACGCUUGCGAAGCCUGCCGUAAAAUGAAAUACGAUAGGAAACCCAUAAAACCAUUUUUACAAUUAACUAAAACUCAAGAUUCCCCAUUUCAGGAAAUUUUCAUUGAUCUCUUCAGUAUUGAAGGAAUCACAUAUUUAACCCUAAUUGACGCCUUCAGCAAAUUAGGACAAGCAAUAGAGAUACCUAGCAAAUCAACAUCAGACGUUACUAGAGCACUUAUGAAAUAUUUCUCAUUCUACGGAAUUCCAAAACGUAUAAGCUCAGAUCCAGGAACCGAAUUUAAUAACGAACUCAUGAAAGAAUUUCUAAAUUUACAUAAAGUUGAACUUCACAUCGGAACCCCAAAUAACCCUAAUUCUAUGGGACUUAUCGAACGCUUUCACUCGACAAUUAUAGAGAUCUAUAGAUUGGCUAAAUACGAAAGACGAUGUACAGAUGCCGCAUCAGUUAUGACAUAUUCAGUAAUGGCAUAUAACCACACCAUCCACUCUGUAACUGAGUUAACACCAUUUGAGGUAGUUUUUGGUCAUACAGAUUCAGACAGUCCAUUUAGAAUCAAUUUCGAAAAGCAAUAUUAUCAGCAAUUAGUUCAAGAUCAUGCGAAACGUACAAAGCACUUAUAUAAAUACAUAGCUCAGAAAACGACAGCCAAAAAGGAAACCAUUAGGGAAAAGAAAGGUGGUGAAACAGAUAUAGAGUUUUCCGAAGGAAACAUAAUAUUUGCAAAAGACGUAAAUAAGCGUAAAAGCAAAGACAAACCACGUUAUGUAAAAGCAAAGGUUGUAGGCAAAGCCAAGCGAAACAUCUUACCAAUUAAAGUAGGUGAUAGGACUACCAAAGUGCCUAUUAAAAACAUAAAACGCCCUCCGCAGGUGAUGCUUUCUGCUAAUGAUAGGGACGCAGGCGCUGGCCCUUCAACUAAAGAUAAUAUCUAAGAAAAUUACCCUGGUCUCAAAAAUGUUCGACAGUUUCAUAAAUAUUUCAGAGCAAAUAAAUAACAACUCUAUUAUUAUUGAUGAACGCUUGAAACGAGUUGAAAGCCUAUUGCAAAACAUAACGUCCACACAAAACGAUUGGACUUUUUCUACAUACAUACUAGGAGUGUAUAACAUAUUCAUAAGUAGUUUCCGUACAAUAUUUAUAAGAUUAAGUGAAAUAGAAACAGCAUUAGCAUUAAGUAGAGUAUCCAUUUUACACCAAGCAAUUGUAAACUCUACAGAAUUAUUGUAUCAUUUAAAGUUAAUUUCAAACUCUGCCAAUUUAGUUUACCAGCCUACGGAAAGUAAUUUGUUAAAUUUAGAAGAAACUAUUUGUGUAAAAUCUUAUAUGAAACAGGAUCAGAUAACAUUUAUUUUAGAAAUACCAUUGAUAGAUAAUUAUACUUACAAUUAUUAUAAGAUAUACUCACUUCCUAUAUUCCAAGAAUCCCAAAACGUUACGCUUUCCAUUUUCCCCAAAUUUCCUUACCUUUUGGCGAAGGGUUUGAAAUACUUACCGAUCGUAACACCGUGUCGCCCGCUUGCCGCCGGCGAUCGCUUCCUGUGCUCUACGGACAACCAGGCUCUACAUAACGAGCCUACCUGCGUG